AUGUAUCCACAACUGCCAGCCGGCCCCUCUGGUGUACCACCCCGGCCACCUGUAACAUACAGCCGUCACUCUAAUUCUGCUCGCACCCCACACCAACUGGGUGCAACUAUUCAAGACGUCGACAACGAAGCCAGGGGCGAGGCGGCCUUCGAUCGAAUCAGUCGCGGCACUCGUGGAACCCACAGCGACGGCGCUAAGUUCAGGGCGGCGGCGCGAGCUACCAUAAAAGCGGUGAAGCGUCCACAUGCCAAUGGAUCGCAGAGCAGACAAGGAAUGUUGAAGAAGCCUUCUGUACGACCUGGAAAGGGCAAGGAGAAGUCAGACGCACCAGAUAGCUCAGGGACUCACAGUUCCAUCAACAAUGAGGAAGACGACAUUGUAGAAGCCAAGGUCAUGUCGCUGUUUUCAAAUGAGAAAACGAUAAAUCAUGCGGCUCAAGGUCACUCAUACAAGUAUAUCGGUAAUGGUUCUACGUCCAGUUCGACCGCACCACAUACAGCACUCUAUUCUCUGCUCGAUAUCAUGCCGGACAGCGCGAAAGCUGUAGAAGAGGUCGAUCCUGAGAAGUUGGCCACAGCUGGUCCCGAGUUGGCACAUAUCAUAAGGGGAUGGCAUAGCAUCUUGACCAGAGUAAUCUUCGCGACUGAGGCAGCCGAGCACAAACGGAUCCAGGAUGUCCAGAACCAGUUGGACUACGAUCGGGUUGUUGAAGACAAGCACAAGAAAGAGAUGGACACAUUCAGAAGGCAGGUUAGAGCAAAGAUGCUUCAGAUGCAGCAGGAUCACCAACAGGAAUUGAAGGAACAAAAGCGGGCGUAUGAGAAUCUUCUUGUUAAACAGGUCGCAAAGCUGUCUACACCAACGGAACAAGACCGAAAGCCAACCACAGAGCCCGCCCAGCCCCGAACUGUCAAGUCACCAUCGCCACACCUCCAAGACAAAGUCGACUGUCUGACCAACGAGAUCGCUACGCUCAAGUCUGAGAACGAGACCAAAGUCUCCAAGAUGCAGGCCUCGCACGCAGACCAAGUCCUUAUCCUACAUCAGAAGAUCGAGCGAUUAGCUGACGCAAACGCCUUUCUCCGUGUGCAAGAGAACCCCAAGCACAAGAUGCAGGAAAUGGAGAGGAUGAAGCAGACGAACGAAGAAUUGCUUCAGCAAAUCAAGGACAUCGCAGGCGAGAACGCAAGGUUGAGGCAGAGGGUACCUCCAGUACCAGCUUUCCGGUUCACAGCUGGUGGUCGAGGAUUCCCCGAGUCUGUUCAAUCGGACCCUGGUCCGUCAUCUCAAGAAGGUAGUGAGAAUUGGUCGCGCAAGAGGGCUAGACGUCAAUGA